AUGAGUGAUAUUCCUCGUAUCUAUAGUCGCUCCGAACGAGAGAGUAGCGAGGGCCACGAAGUUAUGCAGAACCCGGAGGCAUCCAGCCUUGAUAUCCUCGAGACUACUGAGAAUACUGACGACGUCUCCGGCGCUGUUAAGAAGAACGGUAACAGUAUCGACAAUGAUUCUCCUCCGGCAAAAAAGAAGAGCACCAGCAGGAAUCGCAUCCCUAUCAAGGAUAAACCUCGUCUCAUGCAACAAAUCCUAGCUCCAGGUGACCAGAACAUCAACAACCCCAUCAAUUUCAACCGCUAG